ACGCACAGUAGUUGUUUGCAGGUUUGUCUUCUGGUUUUAAGAACGUAUUUUAACAUCCAUAGUAACUUAAUCAAACGUCUUUGUGCCGUUCGAAAAAAUUCACAUAGAAAACGACUACGUUUAUGGCGAAAGCCAUGCAGGAUUAAAACGGGAUGCAGUACCCACAAUGGUUAACGCCCCUGACCCUUCACCCCCAUUGGACUUGAUGUUAAAGAGAAAGCCACCAAAGACGCGUCACCAGUUACCACCAAAGAAACGCAAGAUAAAUAUAGGCAAAAAUGGUGAUAUUGUUGACAUGCCAAAUGCAGGCUCAUCCACUGCAGACAAUAUUGAACAACCCACCGUUUCGGAGACAAAUAUUACAUCACCUGAUGCUUCUGUAGCAGGCCCCGCGAUCCCACUCACACCACCAUUGCCACCAGUUUCAUUGCCGACAGACCUUGAAGCUGCUGCUGAUGAAAAUGACCUGAAGACGAAGAUUAAAAGUCUAAAGUGGAAUAAAAGAACGCAGUGUUCUGCAAUCCACUGCAAAAACUAUCAGUGUAACAAUUCAGAUGUUGCCUUUCAUCGUUUUCCCAAAGAACCUGAUAGGUGUGCCAAGUGGGUUCAGAAUCUCAGGAAUGCGUCUUUGAUGGGGAUGAGCUCACAGCGGCUCAAUACAAACUAUAGGGUGUGCAGUGCACAUUUUGAUGCUAGCCAGUUUAAGAGAUCAUGUGAUGUCCAUGCGGGAUUGAAAUGGAAUGCGGUGCCCACAGUAGUUAGUGCGCCUGACCCACCAGCCCCAUUGGACUUGAAGUUAAAAAGAAAGAGACCAAAGAAGUGUCAGGAGUUGCCAUCAAAGAAACGCACAAAAAGUUUUAUCGUUGACCUGCCAAAUGCAGUCUCAUCCACUGCAGACAGUGUUGAACAACCCCCUGAUUCAAAGACAUCACAUGACGCUUCUGUAGCAGGACCUUCAACGCCACCGACACCACUAUUGCCACCAGUGUCAUUGCCACCAGUGUCAUUGCCACCAGUGUCAUUGCCACCAGUGUCAUUGCCACCAGUGUCAUUGCCAUCAGUGUCAUUGCCAUCAGUGUCAUUGCCACCAGUGUCAUUGCCACCAGUGUCAUUGCCACCAGUGUCAUUGCCACCAGUGUCAUUGCCACCAGUGUCAUUGCCACCAGUGUCAUUGCCACCAGUGUCAUUGCCACCAGUGUCAUUGCCACCAGUGUCAUUGCCACCAGUGUCAUUGCCACCAGUGUCAUUGCCACCAGUGUCAUUGCCAACAAUGUCAUUGCCAACAAUGUCAUUGCCAACAAUGUCAUUGCCAACAGACCUUGAAGCUGCUGCUGCCAGGGAAAAGGUCCUUAAAAAGAAUAUUAAGAAUUUAAGGGUACAGGUGUGCAGAAUGAAGGCGAAAAUAAGGAACAUGAACCAGCUGAAUAAGACUAGGAAGGCAUCGGUCAAUAAGGAGACGGUGAUGGAGGAGCUGAAGAAACUCUUACCAGCCAAAACAUAUGCUUUUAUGAGAACACAGAUACGUGUGUCUCAGCGGAAAGCUAAUGGUUUUCGGUGGACCACUCAGGACAAAGCUUUCUUCUUGUCUCUGCUACACGCCAGUCCAAAAUGUUACAGGCUACUGUUAGAUGUGUUUUGUAUGCCAUCUGUCCGCACGCUGCAGAAGCUUAUGAAGUCUGAUGAUUUCAAACAUGGCUUUAACCCCAACAUUCUUGCCACAACGAAGAAGGCUACAAAAAGCCCACGGAAAAGGCCCAUGGAUAAGAAUUCAGCUAAACAUUGCUCCCAGGAUAGUCCCAGGAGUAUUAUUGAAGAACACAACUAUGAUAAAGUGACUACCGACUGUAUAGAAGAUGAAACGGACGCCGUAUAUGCAGAUCCACCAGUCACUGCCAAUGCGGGAACCGAAGUAGAGCAGUCAGUGCAGUAUUUAGUAGAAAUGAUCAUUUGACUGCCAACAAAUAUCUUCUUUUAGUGCUGGAGAUCAUGGUAAGUGAUCUUGAGAGAAAGGAGGCCACCAGUUUCAGCAGCUUAUGCAACCAAAAUUGGUGAAUCUCAGUGAAAUCAGAAGCGUAAUAUAAAAUUUCAUUUUAAAAUGACAUUAUUAAUUACUAUGACACCCACAGUAAAUGUUGUCUUGUUUUGUUAGUUUUAUAUUAUCAGUUGUGGAGUCCAACCAUUUAGUAAACAUUUAAUAAGGUAGUUUUAGCCAACUUUGCCUAUUUUAAUUUUAAGCAAACUAUUGCCCAGCCCUACUACAAACUUUAUCAUUCCCAUUCCCAUUUUUUUCUGAUGCAUGCCCUUACUUUAAAUUUAUAUAUUGGUGUUAUGUUCAUAAUGUUCAUAUUUCUAAGAAUUUACUAAGAAUUUUUGACAAAAUUGGCCACCUUAAAAGGUGUUGUAGAAUGUAAAACUGUAUGAAUAAUAAGAUUUCUGUACAUGGUAAUGACAUCGUAAGCCUCAAACAUUAUUGUUUCCUCCUUCUUCUGGAAACCUUGUGCAUGCUAAAGAUCUCAACAUGAAACCAACUGUGACGUUACGCCCCAACAUUAAAUUACAAAUUAAGUACCAUGUUGUUGUUACAAUGCUAAAAACAUGUUGUGACUGCUGAGUUAGCAUUUAGGCUGAAGUUCUACUAUUGAUGUUACAGUUACGUUUUGCAGGUCCAUACUGGAAAAAAACCCAAACUUAUCACUCAGAAACGUCUAUUAACAAUAUCCAAACAAUUGAUUAUUCCUCAAAAUCUGUAUUUUCGUCUGAUACAGGAUCAAACAUAAUGGGCCCUAUUUUAACGAUCUGAAACGCAAGUGCGAAGCGCAAAGCGAAAGUGACUUUGUGGGCGGAUCUUGGGCACUGUUGCUAUUUUCCCGGCGGGAGAAAUAACUCUUGCGCCAGGCGCAAAUCUAUAAGGGGUUGGUCUGAAGUAGGUUCAUUAUUCAUAGGUGUGGUUUGGGCAUAACGUCAAAUAAACCAAUCAGAACGCUAUCCAACAUUCACUUUAAACGCAAGGGCGCAAGUUCCAUGGCGGGUUGCUAUUAUUAUGACGGAUUUACCAGGCGCACACCAGGAGCGGUUCACAGCCGAGGAGACCCACAUUCUUGUAAGAGCAGUCAAAGAAAGAGAAGUUGUUUUAUAUGGGGAUGGGAGAAACCCGCCGAAAUCAGCGUCGGUUAAACAGGCAUGGGAGGAAAUAGCCGCAAUUGUCUCAUCAGCUGGCAUCCCCAGGACCUUGCGCCACAAGCGCUACAAUGAUGUCAGGAGACGGGGCAAUCCCAAGCUUGCCAGCAUAAAUCGGCCACGGCGUGUAACGGGAGGUGGGUCUGCCUCCACACAGACGCCAGCAGAAGACAUCGCUGCAUCCACCCUCACCACUGAAAGCCAAGAAACGCAAGCAGUCCUACCCCAAAGAACACUUACAAAUCAAGUUCACAUACAUUAAGGUUUCUUAUGAAAACAUUUUAAUUAUUAUUUACAUAAAAUAAACAUAAUACAGCCACACAACAAACUUAUGAAAAUAUUUAAAUCGUUAUUUGCAUGAUAAUUUUUUAAUGCAGCCACACAAAAUAAAUAAAAACUAUCACCACAAUGAUUUCCCUUAUCUCAUGUGUUAAUAUUUUUUAUUGUAACAGUUUAUGAUUUGCAAAAAUAACUGUUGCAUCUGUGUAGAUUAGAUAAGCAAAGUGUGUGCGCGUUGUGCACGCUAUACAUUAUGGUCAAGCAUGCGCCCUUAAAAUAGCAUAAUGAACAACGCGCCACUGACUUUAGACUAGUUUUUUCUGGUCAGUGGCGCAAUUGUUUUUUGAAACUGGAAAAUAGCAUCAGGGAUGGUUUGCGCCGGAACACGCCUCAUUUUUUGCGCUGAACCGCCCAGGGAGUGCAAGUUCAUUCCCUAGUUUGCCGACGUGCGUCUGUGGAGGGAAAAACCCACUGUGCGCCGGUGCAAAACACGAAUGAUACAUGCGUCACUGACACAGUCAAUUGCGCUGGGUGCAAGAUAGGGCCCAAGGUCUGUUUACACAUACAGAGAGCUACUGAAAUGAGCCUCUGAGCAACAGCCAAUCAGAGCAGAGCUAAACAUUAUUAUUCAUGACCUUUUCAAAUAAGGUAAUAAUAGACCAUUUCAUUCUAAGGGCAAAUCCUAGGGUUGUAAAUAGACAUGUAAAACCAUCUCUAGAUAAUUUUUACACUUAAUAAACCAACAUAUCUUCCAUGUAGAUAUCAAAGAAAAAAUUUACAUAUUAUUCCAAUGCAUUUUUUGGCACCUUGUCUGUAAAGUCUGUAAAAUAGGUAAGGGAUAAUGUAGAGGCAGCCGGUAGUUAUUGGGAAAUAAGCCCCGACAGUGUGAUCAGGACCCGACGCGAAGCGGAUAUAUAGCCGUGUAAUAAACUGUUAUAAGGAUUUGAUGAUCAUCAUGAUGAUAUUCUAGUGAUUGUACGUUAUUUAUUUAAA